CUCAAUCUCGAACUGACAUUGGGAUUCCAAGGCAGGAAGAAGACUGUGAGAGGUCGAACUGAUAUUAGAAUUGAAAGGCAAGAACAAGACUUUAAGAGGGAUUCUGGUUGGAGAUAGGUCAUACAGUUCUCCCUAUGAAUCCAGACUGUAUUGCUAUAUACAAGACAUGUUUAAGCUUAUUAUGAUGGGACGGUGCACAUCUAUCUAUGCUAAAAAACAUAAUAUAAAACAGAAGAAAACGCGAGAGAUUGACAUGGGGGAGGACAGGAUAAGUCAAUUACCAGAUGAAGUUCUUGUGUCCAUUCUUUCUUUCCUGACCAUGAAAGAAGCAGCAAGAACGAGUGUCAUUGCCUGUCGUUGGCGUGAAGUGUGGACUUCUAUUCCCAGCUUGGAUUUUGAUGCUUCAGAGACUUUAAAUUCCUUAUGGGAACAAGAAGAAGGGCUAAACCCAUAUGAGGAAAAGCGAAAAUAUGUCAAAUGGGUAAAUAAUGUUUUGGAUGCAUAUCAGGGGAACUUUAUUGAUGAGUUUCGAGUCAGAUUUGAUUUGGAUGCAAAGUACACAUCCCAUAUUGAUAGAUGGUUUAACUUUGCACUUGAAAAGAAAGUUAAACGACUUGUCAUGGACUUUCGGGGCCUUUUUGGUUUCCAUCAGCCCGAGAAUAAUGUUUGUGCCAUCCCUCUACUCUCUAGCCCUGUUUUGCAUACUGCUGGGUUCCCUGAUUGCAGAUUUCUGAGAAUCCUCAAGCUUAAAUAUUUAGACUCUACUUGCCUCUAUCUUGAACGAUUAGUCAUAGAAGGUUCUAAUUCUCUUACUGAUCUAAAUGUGGUUGGUCAAUCACUUUGCUUGAAGCACUUGAAAAUAAAAUUUUGCAAACGUCUAAAGAGCGUAUAUCUCUCCGCAUCAAGUCUCUUGUCCUUCAAGUAUCAUGAUACGAGGAUGAUUGGAAUCGCUUUUGCAAAUGUUCCAAAUCUUGUUGAAGUAUUUUUUGGGGGGCUAUAUUCUCUUCGUAAACUUCAUCCGCUUCUAAAUUAUCUAUCUCAACUAGAGACACUUGUACUAUCUAUUCGCCUACCCAAGGAAACAAUUGGACUUAUCGAGUUUCCUGUGUUGCCACACCUCAAGAAUUUGAGACUGAACAAAGUUUUUGCGGCAGAUGAUAACAGUCUUCUUGGUUUUACUCCGUUGAUAAAAGCAGCUCCUUCCUUGUGUAGACUUUUACUGGAGUUAUUUUGGUUUGAGCCUGAAGGUUAUUUACUCAGUAGACCAAAAGGACUCCCAGAAUGUCAUCAAUGUCUUAAAGUGGUGGAAAUUGUUGGCUUUGUGGGGAAGACUAAUGACAUGGAAUUUGUCAUGUAUUUUAUUGAGCAUGCCCCUAUGCUUGAAAAAAUUAUACUUCAUCCUGAAAAAACCAAAAUCAUUAAGAUGUUACUCUGACCCGGUGUGCAUAACAAGGAAACAAUCUGGUAGAGAGGCUGCAAUGCUACUCGAUUCUAAAUUCUCUCUUGGAGACAAGUUAGUUCUGCUUGAUUUUUGAGUUCAAUGUCGCUCUGUAUUCAUUCUCGGCCGAUUCAUUAAUUAAUACUAUUUGAUUAUUUUGGCUUUGAUGCUAUGUUCGUUUGCCAAAUACUCAUUUUCGGAUUUAUAUUCUUGGUAUUCCUUGAAACAAACUAUCAUUUGUAUAGUCUAAAAA